ACUACCUCUGCUGGAAACUAGUGCGAGAGAGAGAAGAACAGCCGCUCUGCUUUGGAAGGGUCCUCAUGGCUUACAUAUGAUCAUGAUCAAGACUUUUGCUCCAUUUAAUUACACGUGUGCAGUUUUUUUAAUUUGCAGCAUGUACUUUUUAACGUCUUGAAGUCAGCAGAGUUACCGUCAGACUGGUCUUAUGUGUUGGACAGGAGUGCAUGGCAGAUCCUCAGGUGAACAGAAAACUCCCAUGUCAGCCAACUGUGAAGGCAAGAAGCACCAAUAAAUGUGGAAAAGCCAAGGUCAAUGAUGAGGCCGUCCACCCAAGGCCUCAGCAGCGUUCGAAACAAGAGAGGCUCUCACACACCUCCCUCAGGCGACUGCAGGUACAAAUGGAAGCUGAAAAGCAACAGGCCAGAGACAUCAUCCAACCUUUGCUGGACAGAGAAAAUGGUUUUAUGAAGGACUUGGAGAGUUUCCUGAAGCAGCGGGAUGUGGAAGAGCUGAGGAGGAAGGAGCUGCUCCACAAACGCUGGACAGAGCGGGUGUGGUUGCCUCUGCAGAAGACAGUGGAGGAACGUGCAUCGAGCUGCAGCUCCAAGGAGAUCAAGAGACGCCAGGGCUUCUACAGUCACUACCUCCACCACUGCAACACCAAAGGAUUUGUGUUUCUAGAAACCUACGAUCCACAGGAGUACAAUCCCUUUUUUAUUAGCUGCAGAAAGUCUUAUAACUACAAGCUCAGUGCAGCUCAUUUAAAGGACCCGUCGUACCUUCUGUUGAGUGAAAAACAGAGGGAAAAGAGAAUGGCUCGUUCUUGUGAAGCAGGGUGUAAAUACAGCGACAGAGACGACACCGAGCUCCCUCUGAAUAUUAACUGCCUGCUGACUCGUAGUGAGUCGGUUCUCCAACGUCAUCCAGAGGCACAACAAAGGAAACCCAGCAGGCUUGAUACGAUCCCGUACCACAUCAGAGCGACUACCACACCAGAUGGGAGGUGUCACAAGACCGACUGCUGGUUCUCCACAGGAGGAUGGUAAUGAUAAGUGGCAUGUUUACAGCAGCUUCAGCUGUUAUCUGCAUAUAAAUAAAUGUAAUAUUUAUGACAAGGAUGCUUCAGCUACUUGUAUUUUUUUUGUUGCCUCACACAACCAUAUGUCGCUUCACACUCGAACAUUUCAGCCUAAAUUAUUCACUGAAGUAAAGGGUGCAAUAAUAUAAAAACAGAAAAGGGAAGACAAAUAACAUUUUU